AAAAUGUUCUUCCUUUUCUUUGGUAUUUUAUUAGCACUUUUUCAACUUUUGCUUUUUUAUAAUUUUUAUUGGAAACGACGUCAUUUGCCUUCCGGCCCCACACCUUUGCCUAUUGUUGGAAAUUUGUUAGAGUUGGGCAAAAAACCUCCAGGUUAUGAUAUUUUUCUUAAAUGGAGAGAAGAAUAUGGACCUAUUUAUACAUAUUGGGUUGGAGAACAACCAAUGGUUGCAUUUACUGAAUAUUCUUUAAUUAAUGAAACUAUUGUAAAAGAUGGUGAUAAUUAUACAGAUAGAGACUUCUUUCAAGAUUUUUAUACUUUAGCACGUGGACAGGCUUGGCGUGAGCACAGAAAAUUCCUUAUGAAUGUUUUUAGAAAUCUUGGCGUUGGAAAAAAUUUGCUUGAACAAAAAGUUCUUUCUGAAUUCUCAUCUAUGUGUGAAAAUAUAGAUAAAGCUAUUGGAGAGUGCCCUACUGGAGAAGAUAUGGAAAUUAUUUCUCAUUUGGAUCUCUGUGUAGGCUCUAUCAUUAAUUCUUUGCUUUUUGGUUAUCAAUUUCAUGGAGAAAAGACAGAGGAAUUUGUUGAAUUGAAGAAAAUACUGAACGAAUAUAUGUAUACAAUCGGCCAACCAUCAACACAAUUUUUAAUGUCUUGGUGGCCCCAUUUAAUCAGACAUUUACCUUAUUUUAAAGAGAUAUUUCUUGAAGUACAACGCAAAAUAAUGAGAACUUAUGCUUUUUUCAAAAAACAAAUAGAAGAACAUGAAAAUGAUGGAGAAUAUUUGGGUGAUGAACGUUUAGAUUUUGUUAGUGCUUUUAUGCGUGAAGUUAAAUUGAAGGACGGAAAAGAGGAUUAUGACAUGGAAACACUUUAUGCCCAUUUACUAGAUUUCUGGAUUGCUGGACAAGAAACAACAACAGACACUUUAAAUUGGGGAAUAAUUCAUAUAAUUCAUAAUAUGAAUGUUCAAGAUAGAUUACAUAAAGAAUUGGAUUCAGUAAUUGGAAGUAAUAGACAAAUAACUUUGGCUGAUAAAACUGAUUUGCCGUAUUCAAAUGCUGUUGUUAAUGAAAUAAUGCGUAUAGCCAACGUUCUUCCACAAAAUUUGGCACGUCGUACAGUUCAAGAUAUAAAUGUUAGAGGCCAUUUAUUACGUAAAGGAACAUCUAUACAACCUUUAAUUUCGUGUGUUUUAUAUGAUGAAAAUAUUUUCCCAAAUUCUCGUCAAUUUCUUCCCGAACGUUUUCUCAGUGAAAAUGGAACACUUAAACGUUUUGAUGAAUUUAUUCCUUUUUCGAUUGGUAAAAGAUUUUGUGCUGGAGAGUCUUUGGCAAGAACUGAACUUUUUCUUAUCUUUGUUAAUCUUUUUAACCAAUAUGAGAUUAGCCCACCAAAAUAUUCAGAGAUGCCCUCCAAACAACAAAAUUUUGGAUUAAGUGUAGUACCAUUACCCUAUAAAUGCCAAAUUAGAAAAAGAUUUGAUUCUCAAAUACAUAGAAUGAUUUAA